ACUUGUCCAUCACGUGCGGCCGCCCGGCCACCCCGCCUCACUGCACGCCUGGCGGGGCCGGGGGGGCGGGGCCCGGGAGCUGCUGCGCCUGCGUUGUGGGCGUUCUCGGGGAGCAGCUGCCGCCGCCGCCACCGCCGCCGUCGCUAUCGCCGCGUUCGGGUGUAGAAUUUGGAAUCCCUGCUCCUCGUUAACAAUGAAGCAGAGUUCGAACGUGCCAGCUUUCCUCAGCAAGCUGUGGACGCUUGUGGAGGAAACCCACACCAACGAGUUCAUCACCUGGAGUCAGAAUGGCCAGAGUUUUCUGGUUUUGGAUGAACAAAGAUUUGCAAAAGAAAUUCUUCCCAAAUACUUCAAGCACAAUAAUAUGGCAAGCUUUGUGAGGCAGCUGAAUAUGUAUGGUUUUCGAAAAGUAGUACAUAUUGACUCUGGAAUUGUGAAGCAGGAACGAGAUGGUCCUGUUGAAUUUCAGCAUCCUUACUUCAAACAAGGCCAGGAUGACUUGUUGGAGAACAUUAAAAGGAAGGUUUCAUCUUCAAAACCAGAAGAAAAUAAAAUUCGUCAGGAAGAUUUAACAAAAAUUAUAAGUAGUGCUCAGAAGGUUCAAAUAAAACAAGAAACUAUUGAGUCUAGGCUUUCUGAAUUGAAAAGUGAGAAUGAGUCCCUUUGGAAGGAGGUGUCAGAAUUAAGAGCAAAACAUGCACAACAACAGCAAGUUAUUCGAAAGAUUGUCCAGUUUAUUGUUACAUUGGUUCAGAAUAACCAACUUGUGAGUUUAAAACGUAAAAGGCCUCUUCUUCUAAACACUAAUGGAGCCCAAAAGAAGAAUUUGUUUCAGCACAUAGUAAAAGAGCCAGCUGAUAAUCACCAUCAUAAAGUUCCUCAUAGUAGGAGUGAAGGUUUAAAGCCAAGGGAGCGGAUUUCAGAUGAUAUCAUUAUUUAUGAUGUUACUGAUGAUAAUGCAGAUGAAGAAAAUAUCCCAGUUAUUCCAGAAACUAAUGAGGAUGUUAUAUCUGAUCCUUCCAACUGUAGCCAAUACCCUGAUAUUGUCAUUGUUGAAGAUGACAAUGAAGAUGAAUAUGCUCCUGUCAUUCAAAGUGGAGAUCAAAGUGAACCAGCCAGAGAAUCCUUAAGUUCAGGCAGUGAUGGCACCAGCCCUCUCAUGUCUAGCGCCAUCCAGCUAAAUGGCUCAUCUAGUCUGACCACAGAAGAUCCUGUGACCAUGAUGGAUUCCAUUUUAAAUGAUAACAUCAAUCUUUUGGGAAAGGUUGAGCUGUUGGAUUAUCUUGACAGUAUUGAUUGCAGUUUAGAGGACUUCCAAGCCAUGCUCUCAGGAAGACAGUUUAGCAUAGACCCAGAUCUCCUGGUUGAUUCUGAAAAUAAAGGAUUAGAAACUACCAAGAGCAGUGUAGUUCAACCAGUUUCAGAAGAGGGAAGAAAAUCUAAACCCAAAACAGAUAAGCAGCUUAUCCAGUACACUGCCUUUCCACUUCUUGCAUUCCUUGAUGGGAACCCUGCAUCUGCUGUUGAACAGGGGAAUACGGCAUCAUCAGAAGUUAUGUCCUCUGUAGAUAAACCUAUAGAAGUUGAUGAGCUUCUAGAUAGCAGCCUGGACCCAGAACCAACCCAGAGUAAGCUUGUUCGUCUGGAGCCAUUGACUGAAGCUGAAGCUAGUGAAGCCACACUGUUUUAUUUAUGUGAACUUGCUCCUGCACCUCUGGAUAGUGAUAUGCCACUUUUAGAUAGCUAAAUCCCUAAGAAGUGGACUCUAUAUGUAUAUAUUCAUCAAAAUGAUGAACUAUUUAUUUUAAAGUAUCAUUUGGUACUUUUUUUUUGUAAAUUGCUCUGUUUGGUUUAAUCAGAUACUGUGGAAUUGUAAAGCACCUUUUGCUUUUCUCACUAACUACACACUCUUGCAAAGCUUUCAGAUGUUACUCAGCUAUGUGGGUGCAUAAUAUGUGUUCAAUCACAUUAUUGGCAUAUCUUUAAGUUGGAUUCAAAUGGCCAUUUUUCUCCAGUUAUGGUAAAUUGGAUUUCUUUUUUGCACAUAUGCUCAUUAACUCCAGUUAAACUUUUUGUUUGUUUGUUUUACUUGUUUAAUGCUAUCUCUUUGCAUUGAGUGUUAAGUCACUAUAACUAAUGGUAGGACUCCUAAAGCUUUCUCUGUUGCAGUUGCUUUUAAUAAGUAUUUUUCACUUGGCUUCUUUUUAAAACUGGGAACAUAAAGUGCCUGUAUCUUGUAAAAUUUCAUUUGUCUUUCUCAGUUCAGAGAAGUUCGUUCAUGUUCAAAAAGAAAGGCAACGUAUACUUGAGUGCUUACUGUCUGAUUCAGUUUCAGCUCCAUAUACAUAGAAGAAGGGGAUGGGAUGAUGCAACCUGUCCACCUUAUUGGACUAGUUCUAAGUAAAAGUUUCUGGUUCGUUUCUGUUUUUUUGAAGCAUACUAUUUAGUAAAAUAAAUAUAAUGAAUGUUGCGUA